AAUUUUUUUCGCUGCUAAGUUACCGAACCUGCUGACGCUUAGCGUUCUCCUUUGGAUCGAGAACUUAGCACGUGGACAUUCUCAGAUAUUCCGAUAAAAAAUAAUAUAAAUAAGCAAUUUAACAUUUAUUUAAAUUCUAGAAACAUUAAAUAAUUAUAAAAAAUGGCCAAAUUUUGUUUAAAAAAACCAAGCAAACGCAUACCUGCGAGAAAAAGGUAUAAAAUAGAAAAGAAAGUCCGAGAACACAAUCGAAAGAUGAGGAAAGAAGCCAAGAAGAAACAGAAAGGAAAACCCAAGGUAAUCGAAAUUCCAAAUCAGUGUCCAUUUAAAGAAGAUAUUCUCAAGGAAGUAGAAGCCAUGAAAAAACAAAAUGAAGAGGAGAAACAGAAACGGAGGGAAGCUGCUAAACAAAAAAAGCGUACCGAACUUGCCGAAAAUGGUCUGCAAGGAUUAGUUAAAGAUGCACAGAAAAAGGUUGAAGAACAUGAAGCCAUGGAAAUAGAUGACAAUAAAAGUCAACUAAUUAAGGAUGCUGUCGCAGAAAAAGAAAAUUCAUUAAAGGCUUAUUACAAAGAAUUUAAGAAAGUUUUAGAUGCAGCUGAUGUUAUCUUAGAAGUUGUUGAUGCACGCGAUCCGUUAGGCACUAGAUGCAAACAGCUAGAAGAAGCGGUCCAAUCAGCUAAGGGAAAUAAGCGAUUAGUUUUAGUGUUGAACAAAGCAGAUUUAGUACCACGAGAAAAUUUAGACAAAUGGUUGAAGUAUUUGCGUGGAAGUUUACCAACAGUUGCAUUUAAAUCUUCGACUCAAGAUCAAUCGAAAAAAUUAGGCAGAAGAAAGUUGGGAAAGAAGACAGAAACUAUGAUUCAAAGUGGAACAUGCUUUGGUGCCGAAUUAUUGUUAUCAUUAUUAGCUAAUUAUUGUAGAAAUAGUGGCAAUGUUAAGACAAGCAUUCGAGUGGGUGUUGCUGGACUUCCUAACGUAGGAAAAUCAAGUGUCAUCAAUUCUCUAAAACGAAGCAGGGCAUGCAAUGUUGGAAGUGUACCUGGUGUCACAAAAUCAAUGCAAGUGGUACAAUUGGAUUCUAAAAUCAAAUUAUUGGAUUCGCCUGGUAUUGUUUUUGCUACUCAACAAUCAUCAAAGGAUGAUGAUACAUCCAUAGCUCUUAAAAAUGCAGUUAGAAUUCAAGCUCUUCAAGAUCCAUACACACCAGCUACUGCAAUUUUACGAAGACUUUCUAAACAACAAGUUAUGGAUUUGUAUGAUGUACCAGAAUAUAAUUCACCUGACGAAUUUUUUGCUUUAAGAGCAACAAGAAUGGGAAAAUUUAAGAGAGGUGGUGUUCCUAAUCAAUUGACUGCUGCACGUUGUGUUUUAGAAGAUUGGAACUCUGGAAAAAUAAGGUAUUAUACAGAACCACCUGAAGAACCUCUGUGCCAUGUAUCUGCAGAAAUUGUUAGCCAAAUGGCUAAAGAAUUUGAUAUUGAAAGUUUUGCUGCUGAAGAAAGGAUGAUGUUAGAUAAUGUUGAAGCAGCAAAUAAAGAUAUUACAGCAGAACCAGUAUUAUUUGACAGUACAGGACCCGUAACAUCACUUAUGGAAGUAGAAAUCGAAAAAGAUAAGGAAUUUAAAAUACAAAAUAAAUUAAAGAAGAAACUCGAAGCUAAACCUAAAGUGAAUAAAAAAGAGCAGAAAAAGAAAACGGAUCCUCUGAUGGAAUUGGAAGGCAAUCAAAAAUUAAACAAAUUACAGAAACUUCAAGUUAAAAAAGAAAAGAAAGAUAAAGCCCGAAGAGAGAAAGCAACUUCUGUCCUAGCUGAUCAAUUGGAAGGAUUUAAUCUAUCGUCGUCGGACAAUUAUGAUUUCAAUACUGACUUUACGAAAUAAAAUAAAAUAAAAUAAAUUAAAAUAUGAUGAAUAUUAUUUUUGAUAU